AUGGCUAAACGAUUAGUUGUUGUAAUCGCAGGAGUCACAUGUGGGGGCAAGACCACUAUUGCCAAUCGUCUUAUUAACACAUUUAACAGUAUUUCAGUAUUGCAUCAAGAUGAUUUUUACUAUACUAAAUAUGAAGACCAUUUGGAAAGUAUUCCAGAACUUAAUUAUCACGCUUGGGAUAAAAUAAGUGCCUAUAAUAUGGAUAAAAUGAUGAUUGCAAUUGAUUCUCAAACUUCUGACAUUUUAGUGCUAGAAGGAAUUCUUUUACUUGAUGAUAUUAGAAUAUUAAAUUUGGCUGAUUUAAUAUUUUUUACGGUUUUGGAUAAAGAAAUUUGUUGGAGUAGACGUGAAACUAGAACAUAUUUACCUCCUGAACCACCUGGGUAUUUUGACAAAUAUGCAUGGCCUGAGUAUGAAAAACAUUUAGAAAUGAUAAAAAAUAAAACUAAUGUUAUAUUUUUAAAUGGAGUUGACAGUAUUGAUUUUAACACAUCUGUUGUUGUUAAUCAAAUCAAUGAACUAUUAUUAAAUUUAAAAAAAUAAUUGGUAUGUAUUUAUUAAUUAAUUAUUUUCAGUUUGUACUUCAUAUUAUAGUUUAAAUUUGAAGUUAACUUUAAUCAAAUAUUGUUUAUGUAUUAAGAAUGUUACAAAAAUAUUACAUACAACUGUUCAUUAUAUUACAUUUAAGAAUAAUUGUAUUUUAUUUUUUCAUAAUUGCAAUUUGUUAAAUAGACAAAUAUUUAUAUUUAAUAAAUAGACUUGAAUUUGAUAUUUAAUGAUUAUA